CACACACACACACGCCAUCCCCUGAGUCAGCACCCGCCUGGCGGCGGGGAGGGGUGGGGUCACAGUUACUAGCGCCUCCUUAAAGCCCCCACAAGGGCAGCUGUAGCCAGACACUGCUACCCUCACCAUGAGUCCCUGGCAGCCCCUGGUCCUGGCACUCCUGGUGCUGGGGUGCUGCUCUGCGGCCCCCCGACAACGCCAGCCCACCGUUGUGGUCUUCCCCAGCGACCUGAGAAGCAAUCUCACCGACAGGCAGCUGGCAGAGGAAUACUUGUACCGUUAUGGUUACACUCGUGUGGCUGAGAUGCGCAAGGAAACGCUGUCCUUGAGGUCCUCCCUGCUGCUGCUCCAGAAGCACCUGUCCCUGCCCGAGACCGGGGAGCUGGACAGCACCACCCUGGAGGCCAUGCGUACCCCACGCUGCGGAGUCCCAGACGUGGGUAGAUUCCAAACCUUCGAGGGCGAACUCAAGUGGCACCACCACAACAUCACAUACUGGAUCCAAAACUACUCGGAAGACUUGCCGCGAAGUGUGAUCGACGACGCCUUUGCCCGCGCCUUCGCGGUGUGGAGCGCGGUGACACCGCUCACCUUCACUCGCGUGUACGGCCGGCACGCCGACAUCGUCAUCCAGUUUGGUGUCGACGAGCACGGAGACGGGUAUCCCUUCGACGGGAAGGACGGGCUCCUGGCGCACGCCUUUCCUCCUGGCCAAGGCAUUCAGGGAGACGCUCACUUCGACGAUGCAGAGUUGUGGUCGCUGGGCAAGGGCGUUGUGGUUCCGACCUACUAUGGAAACGCAGACGGCGCCGCCUGCCACUUCCCUUUCAUCUUCGAGGGCCGCUCCUACUCCGCCUGCACCACGGACGGCCGCUCAGAUGACACACCCUGGUGCGGUACCACUGCCAACUAUGACACCGACCACAAGUUCGGCUUCUGCCCCAGCGAGAGACUCUACACCCAGGACGGCAAUGCGGACGGGAAACCCUGCCAGUUUCCGUUUAUCUUCGAGGGCAAAUCCUACUCUGCCUGCACCACAGACGGUCGCUCCGACGGCUACCAAUGGUGCGCAACCACUGGCGACUACGACAAGGACAAGCUCUACGGUUUCUGCCCGACCCGAGUGGACUCCACCGUGAUCGGGGGCAACGCGGCCGGGGAGUUGUGCGUCUUUCCCUUCGUCUUCCUGGGCAAGCAGUACUCGACCUGUACCAGCGAGGGCCGCAGCGAUGGGCGCCUCUGGUGCGCCACCACCUCGAACUUUGACAGAGACAAGAAGUGGGGCUUCUGCCCAGACCAAGGAUACAGCCUGUUCCUCGUGGCCGCGCACGAGUUCGGCCAUGCGCUGGGCUUAGAUCACACAUCAGUGCCAGAGGCGCUCAUGUACCCCAUGUACCGCUUCACCGAGGAGCCCCCGCUGCAUGCGGACGACGUGAAAGGCAUUCAGCAUCUCUAUGGUCCUCACCCUGAGCCUGACCCACAGCCUCCAGCCACCACGACAUCUGAACCGCAGCCCACGGCCCCCGCGACGGUCUGCCCCACCGGACCCCCCACUGCCCCCCCCUCAGAGCGCCCCACAACCGGCCCCACAGGCCCCCCCUCCGCUGGCCCCACGGGUCCUCCCACUGCCGGCCCUACUGCGGCCCCUACUGUGUCUUUGGAUCCCGCAGACGAUGCCUGCAACGUGAACAUCUUCGACGCCAUCGCGGAAAUAGGGAACCGGCUACAUUUCUUCAAGGAUGGGAGGUACUGGCGAUUCUCUGAGAGCAGGGGCCACCGGCUGCAGGGCCCCUUCCUUAUUGCCGACACGUGGCCUGCGCUGCCCCCCAAGCUGGACUCUGCCUUCGAGGAGCCGCUCAGCAAGAAGAUUUUCUUCUUCUCUGGGCGCCAAGUGUGGGUGUACACAGGCGCGUCGGUGCUGGGCCCGAGGCGUCUGGACAAGCUGGGCCUGGGCUCGCAGGUGACCCACGUCACGGGGGCCCUCCCGCGCGGCGGGGGUAAGGUGCUACUGUUCAGCGGGCAGCACUUCUGGAGGUUCGACGUAAAGACGCAGACGGUGGAUAGCAGGAGCGUCACGUUGGUGGACCAGAUGUUCCCCGGGGUGCCUUUGAAUACGCACGACAUCUUCCAGUACCAAGAGAAAGCCUACUUCUGCCAGGAUCACUUCUACUGGCGUGUGAGUUCCCGGAAUGAGGUGAAUCAGGUGGACUUGGUGGGCUACGUGACCUAUGACAUCCUGCAGUGCCCUGAAUACUAGGGCUUUCAUCCUACUUCAGUGGUGCAGUACGGGUCUCUACCAAGAACAUUCCUGAUGGGGAAGGAGCCAGUUUGCUGGAUACAAACUGGUAUUCCAUUCUGGAGGUCAGAGAGGAGUGGAGGUGGGCUGGGCCCUCUCUUCCCACCUUCCUUUUUUGUUGGAAUGUUUCUAAUAAACUUGGAUUCUCUAA